GUAAUUUUCAUCUGACAUACUUUGGAAGAGUGAAUAUGGCAGACAUUGAAGGUAGUGCAUCGCCAAAGCGUGUACCUCUCAAUGAAUCCGCCGACCUCUCAGCACCACUUCGAGGAUGUGUCAUAUGCUGUACAUCUGUUCCGGACGAAAAGCGUACAGAAAUUGCGCAAUGGACAGAACAGAUGGGUGGAGUCCAUCGCUAUGACUUGACCCUCGACGUAACCCACCUCAUUGUUGCCGACUACAACACGGAUAAAUAUCGAUAUGUCGCACGAGAAAGACAAGAUGUACAGCCAAUGACAAUACAAUGGAUUGAAUCCGUGCGGGAGCUAUGGAUGAAUGAUAAAGAGAUUGAUUUCACGGCCUUGGAAACCGAGUAUCGACUGCCUACCUUUCAUACUCUUAGGUUCAGCAUGACAGGCUGUGAUGACCCCCAAGAACGAUUAGAAAUUGCCGAACAAGUGAAGGCUAAUGGGGCAACAUAUGAAGGCGACCUAACAAAGCAAAUUACACAUCUGAUAUCUUUUCGAACAGAGGGGGCAAAAUACAAGGCAGCCAAGAACUGGAAGCUGAAAAUUGUAUCUGCUGAGUGGUUGAGGGACAGUAUUGAAAGAGGCAUGAUCUUGGAUGAGAGGCUUUACGAUCCAAUAUUACCAAUAGAGACGAGAGGAAUAGGAGCCUGGGACAAAACGAAGCCGAAGAGGACAUCACUUGGCAAAAGAUCUCGAGAAGGCAGUGCGGCAAGUCUGGAUGGAGGGAGGAGAAAACUCCGAAGAACGGCGAGCACAAAAUUGAGCAGCCAAAGUGCCAACAUCUGGGGAGAUAUUGUUGGAGGGGGAAGUAUUGCACAGGUGUCUAGGAGUGGUGUGUGGGAUACUGCCGAAGAUGCAGACUUACCCCGGGCUCAAGAAACGAGGGCCAGAGAACCUAUUGCGCCACCGAACCCUUCUUCAAUGCAAUCAACAAUCGAGAAUCCAUCGAUGCAGGGGAUGUUCAGUGGCUGUCGAUUCUAUGUUUAUGGCUUUGUCGCCUCGAAGGAGCAAAUCCUUCGCGGUCACCUAAUUUCGAACGGCGGUGAAGUAUCAGACACAAUCGAGGCUUUGGUCGACACCGAACCACGGAAGGACAUCAAAAGGCUUUUCCGAAUCGUUCCACACGACCUUCCAGGAGAGAAGUAUCCAUUACUGCCAGAUUCUCAGCUUGACAUCGAGACCAUCACUUUCUGGUGGGUGGAACGGUGUCUCCAUAACAAAUGGUUUCUGGAACCUAGCGAGAGCAUCAUCGGCCAGCCUUUCCCCACAUUUCCAAUCCUUGGUUUCAACGAAAUGACCAUUUCCUCCUCCGCCUUCACUGGAAUAGAUCUUCUUCAUUUCAAGAAGGCUGUCGAGCUGAUUGGAGCCAAAUACAGCGAGGAUACGACACCACAGUCUACAGUUCUAGUCACAAAAUCCGUUAUUGCACUAAGGCACGAUAAGUCUGAAUGUGCUCAAAUAUGGAACGUUCCCAUUGUGACAGCUGAUUGGCUGUGGGACUGUAUCAAGUCUGGUCAAAGAUUACCAUACGCCAAGUAUAAACUUAGAUUAACCAAAAAGCGAGCAGAGUCAAUACCAAAUGUAAAGGAGCGACCUUCUUCCAGAGCGUCAACUCGACCGGAGCGAUCGAAGAGUGAAAUAUUGAAACCCAUCACUGCGUCGUCUAGCGGCCACUCGUCCAAUACAACUCGACCACCUCGAAACUCCGGUCUGGACGUUACAGCAUUUGCAGAUGACGGCGCCAGCAGCAACCUCACAAGAUCUGCUCGACAAUCCGGCCUCGAUGAGACUGCAUUUGCAGACGAUGAGCCUGAUAAAGCUACACGACCUGCUCGAACUUCUGAAUUGGAUACCACAGCAUUUCAGAAGGAAGUGCCUAGUGUCAAGGACGAACAGGUUUCUCAGGUACUAUCCUUCGGACAGACUUCGUCCACCGAAGAUAUCCCAAUUAAAGCACCACCUUUAUCAGAACGAAGCAUAAACUCACCAACAAGAACAACCUCAACAGCCUCAGCACCAUCAGAACCACCACCACCAAGCCGACCCUCAGAAGAGAUCAGUAACGCUAUCUCAUGCCUUCUCGCAAAGUCCAAAAGUGCCGCCGCUCCGGCUCACACCGAUCCCUCCGAAGGACGCAGGCGAGGCGGGAACCGCAUCCUCGGCCGUGUGACCAGCAAUGUCUCAACCGCCUCUGCCAAUCGCUCGCGAGCUACAUCUGUAGACUCAACAGCAAGCCAUGGGCAUCCAGUCCAAUACCCAUCCUACCUCGCGGGCAAGACAGCCAAUGACCAUAUAGACAUGCUAGUCAACGGCGACCGUCAGCGAUUAGAGAACCUCGAUAGUCAGCCGUCGAGUACACAGGUGCAGUACGAUGAUCCGGAGAGUACGACGGCGAGGGAGAUAGUGAUGGCGAGGAUGAAUGGGGAGAAGAUUGAGCCGAAGAGGGCUGGGCUUAAGGAGAAGGCGGCUACGAUUGGAGGUGCUGGUGCGAGAACAACGCGGAGGACAGCGAGGACGCCUGGGUUUCGAUAGAUUGGUUGGGUGUUGGUGUUCGUGACUUGAAUUGAAUAGUAAUGAAUUGGAAAUCGAGAC